UGCCAAGACUUCCAGGUGCUACAUCUCUAAAAAAAUCGGAAUUUUUUGAAAAAAAUUCCGAUUUUUUUUCGAUUUUACUGUCCUCGGGUGCAGAUUAGCCGCGUCGAAAGGUUGGCCCUUUCCCCUCCGCCGCAAAAUAGCCGCCGCGCAGUCUCUGCCAAUACCCAAUCUACGGAGGCGGUGGAGAUGCAAAUCCUCUCGCGCUCGAUUACUCGGAGCGACAGCAGCGUUGCCUCUGCUCUGCCUCGAUGGUGGUUUCCAGCACUUGCGCGAGGAGAUGCUCCACUCAAGGCUUUAGUACCGGCCUAUCCAAAUCAACAUCUUUUCCGUGAGAAGAUUGCACUGAAUUGGCUGCGCCAAUUCUCCAUACAUGGCGUGAAUGAGACGAAGACUAAUAAUGCAGCAGAGGACAGUGACCCGACGUUAAAGACUAGUUUAAGUGAAGAUAUAUGUUACAUGCCGAUAAUUUCAGGGAGCAGCCACCGUGAUGGUGCUAUAUACAAGAGAGCGGCUUAUUGGGAACAUAAUUACUUUUUUGAUAUCGCUGACCGUACAGAAACUCGGUUGGAGCCAGCUCGUGCAUACGAUAUACCACGUAACAUGAUGCAGAUCUUUUCAAUGAAGUUAGCUAAAGCUCCUAUCAAUAGUGGCUCAAUACAGUUAUAUGGAUAUAUAGCAGCACGUGAUGAAGUUGAUCUAAAACUAAAUUAUGUUUUCAAUCGUACCAGGGAUGAUCCCAUCAUCGUGCAGCAGGGUUCUCUCAUUGAAAUGAACGGCCCUAAGAGAGCCAUCCUGUUGAUAUUUGAUGUGCUACUUGAGUUUGACAUGAGGAUCAAGAAUGGCGAGAAUGAAGAGGAUGAUUUACAGCUGAUUGAUGGAAUCUCAGAAUUUGACGGUUUACGCAUGUCAUGGAGACCACACGAGGUUCGCAUUGGUGGAAAUUGUGGUGCAGUUGAUACGUCUUUUGCACUUGUUCAUAAUUCAGUCGAGGCCACAGUAGAAGUUAUCAUAUCUCAAGUGCAGACUGGCUUUGAUUUAUCUUUCAGUUCUACCAUUGAUCUUCUGGAGAUGAAUAAAGAAUUCCAGCUCUUCAGUGGAAAUAUUAGUGAGUCCUGUGGCUUAGGAAGCUUUGUGAUUGCUGUUACAGAGGAUACACUGAUGCAUUUGAAGUUCAAGGUUGAUCACAAAGGCUGUAACAGUAAUAUUGAAAGCAAUUGUUCCUUCAAAGCUAAGUUAAAUGGACACGCCGGCCAUCAACUAAAUCUCGAGACUGCCUCAAUUUUAGUUAAGGUGACUUGGGCUGUGUUGCCUGCAAGCUAUUAACAGUAUUGUGUAAUCCUACACUGUAUGGAUAUGUUUACUAGUGAUAUUUGCUUUUGUGCUGGAA